AUGGUGUUCCGUGCAGGCAGAGGUCCAGAGAGGAUCCCUGGGGUGUUCCUUGAAGGAAAUUUACUUGAAAGGGUUGAGCGGUUCAGAUAUCUCGGACACGUUGUGACUGAGGAUCUCAAUGACAAUGAAGAUAUAGAGAGGGAGCGACGUGCUCUGUCUGUCAGAUGCAACAUGCUCGCACGUCGGUUUGCAAAGUGCAGCGAACAGGUCAAAGUGACAUUGUUUAGAGCAUACUGUCUAUGCUUCUACUCAUGUCAACUUUGGACCAAGUACACCAGACGCGCAAUCAACAACAUCAGGGUACAAUACAAUGAUGUGUAUCGUAUCCUGAUGAAGUUGCCGCGGUACUGCAGCGCGUCGGGCAUGUUCGCGGUGGCCAGAGUACCGGACUUCUUACGCAAAUUUUUGGUACCGUUUGCGAUCAUCGAAAAAUGA